AUGGAUGAGAAGACUCAUAAAGAAACAGUGUUAUGGGAUGUCUGUGAGGGCAAAGAAUGGUUCGACCGACUGAUGAACCUACAACAAGAGGAGAAACAUCGGAUAGCAGGAAAAAGAUCGAAUCAUACGGAGAAAGAUGAAGUUGACCUAGCCUUGAAUGCGAGCGAGAGCGAGGAAAGCCUGACUUCGACCAGCGAUCCGUUGAAUCAUGCAACCUUCAAACUGUUCGAGGCGAUGCAGGAGGGCUCUAUCGUAGAUUUGUCUCGCCGCCCCUACCAUUGGAAGCCAAGUUUCCUUCCUUUUACUGUCUGUGACGUAGGAGCUGCCCCGGGAGGCUGGACGGUAUGUGUUCCUAAGCAAGAGGUCCAGCUGACGUCAAACAGCGGCACAUGGCGCGGCAAUCGUCAGCUGGACCCGAAGUUGGACUCGUGCAAGAGCAAGAUCACGCAUUUACAAAUGAAAGCGCAACAGGCAGCGCUUGUUAUUGACGAGAACGCUAAAUCCUCAAACACAAGCAACGCGGGCGAUGGUGAGAGUCUUACAAACAUCAGCUGGUCUCCUUUUGGAGUCUUGAUGUGUGACAGCAACAACGACGCUCGGGAUACGGUUCGAAACUUGGUGCUGCCCAUCGCCAACUUCCUUGCCCCCGGGGGUCUGCUGAUCCUCACAGUGAAGCUGCCAAAAAGGUUUCCAUUGCCUGAACUGAGAGCCAGGGCGAGUCCGACGGGAGUGGCAGUCACGCGCGUGGAGGAGUGCAAGUCCAUGCUGUAA